CAUCGCCAUCAACCACACACGUCCGCCAGCCAGCAGUACCCGAGUGUCUCUAAUAACUUUUGUUAUUAUAUCCCAGUCUAAAUUGCUCAACGGAAUAAUAGUCAUAGAGCAUGGUGGUGCUAUUCUUCAGUCGUGGAAUAGGCCUACAAACCAGAAGAUCUGUCAAACAGCUAAGAAAUCUCUGCGUCUACCAGCAGCAUUUGGUCGAGGAAUAAGAAAGUCAACAGCACAACAAAAGAAGAAUUAAAAUAGGCCUAAAAUGGAGAAUUGGAGUCGUAGCGAGCGGUCGCCGCAGGAGUGGAUGUCGCAGACGUGCCAGCACGUCAUCCGCGACUUGCAACAGUACGGCAUUUGCGUGCUGGACAAUUUCAUGGGCAAAGAGCGGGCCGAAUCCAUCCACCGCUCCGUCGUCAACAUGUACAAUUCCGGGGUGUUCAUCGAAGGCAAAACGGUGGGCCUCAACAAUUCGGCGGACCCGGAAUUGACGAAGAACGUCCGCAACGAUCACAUCGCCUGGGUCGACGGGUCGGAAAACAAUUGCCAGGAUAUUGCGCAUUUGAUCGCCACCGUCGACACGAUCAUCGUCAAUUCCAUUCAGACGAUGAUCGAGAAUAAACGGCUGGAGAAACGCGUCAUUGGUGGAAGAACCAAGGCCAUGAUUUCGUGCUAUCCCGGUAACGGCUCCUAUUACGUGAAGCACGUGGAUAAUCCCAAUCGUGACGGGCGUUUCCUCACAACAACCUACUACGUCAACAAGGACUGGGACACAAAGAUUGAUGGCGGGAUGUUGCGUGUUUUCCCGCAAGGGUGGCCCAACAAAGUGCUGGACAUUGAGCCCAUCCUCGAUCGGGUGGUUUUCUUCUGGUCAGAUCGGCGCAACCCCCACGAAGUCCAACCCUCUUUUCGCACCCGCUGUGCCGUCACCUUCUGGUACAUGGACGCCAAGGAGAGGGAAGAGGCCAAAGCGAAACGACAAUCAAGUUGAAGAAAAUGUUCUUUCCAGGAAGUAGAACGAGAUCUUGCUACAGCUUAAAACGUAACGAAGCCACACACUAGUUGGGAAUCUUUUUCAAAUGUUGCUGCGCGGAGCCAAAAGUGAUUAACGCCAAAGAUGUUUUGAUGACAACAUAUACAAUAGAGAUGGUGUACAAAUUGUUUUUGAAUGAUGACUUUGUUUCAAUGCGUGCGUCUAUCGAUCAUUUGUUUGUGUUUGGUUUUGUAAGUUAACUUGUUGGCGAGCUUGUUGGGUUUUUAAGUCCAAAAAAAUAUA